AUGGAAGAGUGCAACAGCGAAAAUAAUACCAAUAAGCGAGCACGAGACGAUUCGCAGUUAGGUCCAGACUCGCCCGAGUCAAAACGUGUUCGGAAUGACUCUGAGAUUAAUUCGUCCGAGUUGAAGCAGCUGGAGGAACUGGAGAUUAACUCGGCCGAGUCGACGGAUCUGAACUCGGGUGACUCACAGCUGGACUCGACCGAAACGGAACGAGUCAGAAGCGAUAUUUUGGACAUCCUUGACGACGACCCAGACAAUGACCCGGAGAUUCAAGAUUUGGACACGUUCAUCAAAAGCUUCGAAGAAGAGAUUCUCCACCCUACACCACUACCACCGGCGUCAGAAUCUGGAGAGUCUCAGCCGGAGCUGGGGUAUCUUCUCGAAGCCUCCGAUGACGAGCUGGGUCUGCCGCCGGCGGUGUCUCCCUCCGGCGAACAUCCCCAAAACGAAACAUCGAGCUCCGAAACCGCUGUGCCUAAAGAUGUUGGGUUGGCGAAUAUGUUGGGAUUCGAAGACGGGUUACAAAAUUAUGACUCGUUCGUGUUCGGAAUUGGUGAAGGAACUGAAGGCAACAAUGAAAAUGGUGAGUUCGUAACUUUGGAUGGAUUGUUUGAUUACGCCGACUUUUCGUGGCAGGCUGAGUCCUUGCCUGCUCUAUAG